GGACACGGGUUUUAAAAGCCGAAAAAUCGUCAAAAAGUUGAUUUUUUGGAAAUGGCAGUUUUGCUAUUUCCAUCCAAUAUUCUACCAUUUCGCCAAGUUUUAUGCAGUUUGAAACGAUAUCUUAGCCGUAAUAUCAAUUUUAGCACCAGUGCCAGCUAAAUAUGAGCCAAGAAUUUGGUAAAUAAAGCGCCUUUUCCGUGACACGCGACGGCCGUCAUAUUUGUCCGACAGCCGCGAAUCAUAUAUCGUUUGAAAGCGCAGCCUCUCGUCUUGAUUUUCGCGCCAUUUUCGGCUCCGAGCGCGCGUUGGCUGUGAAGAUAUCCCGAUUCAAAAAGAAGUCCCAACACGCGCAGUAAUUGGCCAGUUACGGCACGUGACCCGCAGCGGGUCACGCCAUUGGCCUGACAGGCAUCGUCUGCAUCACUCCGCGGCGACUGUGCGCACACCGUACGCGUCAACUGGUUUUCGCACGUGAGCAACGAUGUCGACGCCGUCGCCGAAGUUCGCUACGAAGUACAAAUUCGGAACAAAAAGGAAGAGGAAGACUCCGUACAACUUCCAGAAAUGCGCUGCUGUGCCACCACCAGUUCCUGACCAUGCGGAGAACGGCGUGCUUCCCGAGUCGAGCGGCGCCGAUGCGGGCGUGUUAGGCCUAGUCCCCCAAAGCGCUCUUGACAACCGCCGCGGGUCUUCGUCGUCGUUUCGGCACGACACUGCAAUGUUGCAGCCAGAAGAUUUGCGGCGUAUAGAGAGUGAAGCUCAAGAAAAACUUAAUGUACUUGCUUCAACUCCUGCUACUGCCCGAAAAUCUGACUUUUUGGAUCGUGAUGACGCUGCCACACAAGCUAGCAACGAUCUCGCUACAAGUUUUUUCAUCGCUAGUUACGACUCGAUGAACGCGCUGCUGGCGUCUACCAGUUGCAAGUGUACAAUUUGUGGUGGUAACCUCACGGUGCGAAAAGGUGAGCGGGAUUUUGGCCUUGCUGUGAAGUUUGUUGCCGAAUGUGCGAUCUGCGGCGAUAAUGUGCAGGGAUGGAGCUCGCCGCGCGUGAGCGGCAAAGCAAAGCUCAGGCCUUUUGUCAUAAACAUCCUUGCGGAGCGUGCAAUGCAGAGCACCGGAAACGGGCAAACCGCAAUGAACGACAUUUUUGCGGCGAUGAACAUUUCGGAGAGAGGAAUGCACAAUAAAACAUGGCAGGGACACUUGAAAACGAAACUCGUCCCCGCGGCAACCGAUGGGGCAGAAAAGUUGAUGGGGACAUGUGCACAAUUAGUGCGCGAUUUGUACCGUGACCUAAAUAUAAACAGCCCGGACAACAUCGCUAUAUCGUUCGAUGGCACAUGGAUGACGCGCGGCCACUCGUCUCAUAUCGGCGUCGGCACCGUAAUUGAGCUCUACACAGGAUUUGUGCUCGAUUAUGUAGUGCUCAGCAAUUUCUGUGCUGGGUGCGCACGGGCACCAAAAGAAGUUGACCCUGCCUACCAGGCUUGGAAGGAGGCACACGCAUGCCAGAAAAACACGGACAAAAAAGCUGGGGAGAUGGAGGUGGAAGCGGCACUGAUCCUCUUCCAAAGAUCGCUGCAGAAGCAUAAGCUGCGGUACACGACCUUGUUGUCGGAUGGUGACAGCCGCGCUUACCUUGCUCUUCAAGAUGCGAAAGUCUAUGGAUACAUACCCGUGGACAAGGAAGAUUGUGUUAACCACAUUCACAAGAGAAUGGGCACAGCACUGCGAAAUCUAGUUUCCAAGCAGAAGUCCUCUGGUACAGAGAGUCUCGGUGGGAAAGGAAAGCUGACUGGUGAGCUUAUCACCAAGCUCAGCAGCUACUAUGGCUGGGCCUUGAAAUCGCACAAAGGUGAUGUCAAGGCCAUGCAUAAAGCAGUCAUGGCCACAUACUACCACAUCACCUCAAACGAUGUCACUUCUAACCACACUCUCUGUCCAGAGGGCCCAGAUUCAUGGUGCCGCCAAAACGCAGCAAAGGCCAAAGGUGAGCCUGCUCCAAAACACCGCCACAAUCUGCCACCCCAUGUAUGUGAGGCGCUUCUUCCAGUUUACAGACGUUUGUCUGAUGAAUCGCUUCUUCGGCGAUGCCUAAGAGGGAAGACCCAAAAUAACAACGAGUGUCUCCACUCAAUUAUUUGGGCACUGGCGCCGAAGGAGAAACAUGCAUCAUUGUUUGCUGUGCAAGCUGCUGUGGCAGAGGCUGUAAUGAAGUUCAAUUCUGGGUAUGAAAAAGCUUCUACAGCCAUACUUCAAGAACUUCAGCUAAACCCUGGCCAACAGUUGACCAAGCGCAUGAGUGAAAAAGAUCGCCACCGUGCUGAAGCAUGCGCACGCAAGCAUGCUUCUGCAGAAAACUUGCAGCGUGUGCUACGAAAACAACACCGAAAUGACUCUAAACAGACAGACUAUGUUCCUGGAGGGUACUGAUGCUAGGCCAUUUGUGAACAUUGUAAAUAGUUUGUGAUUUUCUGUAUUAAAUAUGAGCCUAUUUUGUUUUUUGA